GAGAGAGCGGGGGAGCUGAGGAGCAGAGGCGUGAGCCGCACCGCCCCGCGCCCGCACGCCCGCUAGAUCCCGAGACGCGCGGGCGGCCGCAGGAGCGCACCAGCCGGGUCACCUUGUCCAGGAGGGGAAAUGGAUCUCAUGAGACAAGUGUGACCUGUGAGUCCAGCUGGCCAGCCUGAUACUGUGACUACCAUGGAUGGCAUCAUUGAACAGAAGAACGUGCUGGUGCAUAGUAAGAUCAGUGACGCUAGCAAGAGGAAUGGCCUGAUUAACACCAGAAACUUCAUGGCUGAGAGCAGAGAUGGCCUGGUGUCUGUUUUCCCAGCGCCCCAGUACCAGAGCCACCGAGUGAUGGCCAGUGGGACACCAACUAGCCUGGAUGGCAGCAGGAAGGAGCCCGUGCAGCAGCUGCUGGACCCCAACACCCUGCAGCAGUCAAUGGAAUCCCACUAUCGUCCCAACAUCAUCCUCUACUCCGAUGGCGUGCUGCGCUCCUGGGGAGACGGCGUGGCUGCUGACUGCUGCGAGACCACCUUCAUUGAGGACCGGUCACCGACCAAAGACAGCCUGGAGUAUCCUGAUGGGAAGUUCAUCGACCUCUCGGCAGAUGACAUUAAAAUCCACACCCUGUCCUAUGAUGUGGAGGAGGAGGAGGAGCUACAGGAGUUGGAGAGUGACUACUCAAGUGACACCGAGAGUGAAGACAACUUCCUCAUGAUGCCCCCUCGAGACCACCUGGGACUCAGUGUCUUCUCCAUGCUCUGCUGCUUCUGGCCUUUGGGCAUUGCAGCCUUCUAUUUGUCCCAUGAGGUAAGCAUUAUAGCAAUAAUUAAAUGGGAAAAGGGUAUUCAGAACCAGAUUGUGAAUUUUAUAAAUAGUACCAGCAAAGAAAAUUGGGCAAAUGAAAGGAAAACGGAGCUUCUUUACUGUACUGAAAUCUACAUGAACAGGAGUCCAGCAGAGCCAACAGCCAUGCUCCUGGAACUAUACCAUGCAAUAUUGGGGAAGAGAGCAGGGCAGUGGCAAGAACCCCACUACACUGGAGGUGAUGUUGGUAUUCAUAAUUCAGAAGGGCUUCUUAUACCCAAAAACUCAUCUGAAAUGAACCCAUCAAGAGCCUCCUCCAUUCUUACAGAAGAUAGACUCCAAGAGACAGAGAUGACCAUUGCCCUCCUGAAAUCCCCAGAUGUGGUGAACUGCCACCUGGACUCACCCCAAAGUUCCUCCCCAUCCCUCUCAGCAGUUUCUAUUACCCUUUCAACACUAAGGUUGAACAGAUCUAUAGCCUUUGCAGGUGGAAUUCUGACAUCCUUCAAUGCGGAGAUUGGGAUCUUAGGGAACAGUUGUGAGAUGCUGUUCACCCCUAGACCUGGAUGGCAGUAG